GAGUUGUUGAGUAGCCAGCAUUCAAUAGGCAUGAUCGUCGAGAUGAUCCACACUGCUAGCCUUGUGCAUGAUGACGUUAUUGAUGGGUCAGAUACUCGACGGGGUAAAAUUACUGUAAAUAAAAUCUGGGGAGAGAGAAAGGCUAUUUUGGCUGGAGACUUUGUUCUCUCUGCAGCCUCCGUGGCCCUUGCUCGUCUUGGUAACAACACUGUAGUAUCCGUUUUUACUCAAGCAAUUGAAGACUUGGUGCGAGGGGAAUUUAUGCAGCUGGGUUCCAAAGAAAAUGAGAAUGAAAGAUUUGGGCAUUACCUUGAGAAAACAUUCAAGAAGACUGCAAGCCUCAUAGCAAACAGUUGUAAAGCAGUUUCCAUUCUUGGUAAUUGUGAUCCAGACGUCCAGGAAAUUGCAUACCAAUAUGGAAGAAAUAUCGGGAUAGCUUUUCAGUUGGUAGAUGAUGUGUUGGACUUCACCUCCUGUGCUAAUCAGUUAGGAAAACCUGCUGCUGCUGACCUUAAGCUUGGAUUGGCAACAGGCCCAGUAUUGUUUGCUUGCCAAAAGUUUCCUCAAUUACAUACUCUAAUAAUGAGACGCUUCAAUGUGGAUGGUGAUGUAGAUCAAGCAUGGCAAUAUGUACAACAGAGUGAUGGUGUUCAGCAAACAUGUUAUCUUGCUCAUCAAUAUUGUCAAGAAGCUGUUCGACAGAUUUCUCUACUGCGUCCUUCACCAGAAAGAGAUGCCUUGAUUCAACUUGCAGAAAUUGUACUAACGCGGAACAAGUGAGAGUCAAGUUCUCACUCCUUUUUUGAGACUGAAAACACAUGUUGAACCUGCAUCAAGAAUUCCAAGUUAGCCAGGAAAUCAGUGGGAAUUGUUUACAUUUUGGACUAACCAUGUACAUAAAGCUUAAGAUAAUAUAUUGGGGCCUUUGUCUUUAAUGAUUCUGACCCAUACUUUGGCCUUAUGACCACUAUAACUGUUUGCAAAAAAUCUUGAUUAGUGCCUGUGUGAAAAUUUUAUAUAUUGAGAAUGAUUUAUUAUAAAAGGCUGUACAUACAAUUGUAACAGGUUAUAUACAAAUUAAAGGAAUGCAUUUUCAGUUUUAAAGGUUGAAGAGAAUGAAAGUUCACAAUGUUAAAGCUUCUUAGAAUCAUAAGGCAGAAGUUAAUAAGAAAACCUCAGAUUACGUAAGGAUUGGCCCCCACAAUGUCCUAUCAAGAGUGGACAUUUUAUUAAAGCAAAUAAAUUUAACUAAUUUUAUUUGUACAUAACUUUGCUAAAUGAGACUAGAGCACUGCUUCUAGAAUAAGAUUAGAAAACUGGUGCAAGAAAUUUUAGCACUUCUCAAAAAAAAAGGACAACUGCUCUAUUGCCAUCCUUAUCCCCUUUAGUAACAGGGCAUAAUGUGCCCUUUUUCCCCCUCUAAUUUGAUAGUAAAUUAAUUUACAAAAAAUUCUUGGUUUCUUAUUAGCUUCAACACUUGAAGCAUGAAAAAUUGCAAAGAACAAUUAACAGAACAUAGGAGAAACACAGCUGAACACUGAUUUUUAUGAUUAGGGCCAAAAACUAGCUUUAAAAUGCAUUUAAAGAAUUUAGUAAUAACCCCUUGAAACAAAUUAUACUUUCGUCUUCCAAAGCAAAUAGCAAAGCAUAGUUGAUCAGACCUGAGGCACAUGAUGUGUUGGAAGUAAAUCUGUCCUAGAAACUGACUUUGUACAGUAGAAUUGCCUGUAUCUAGUUUAGAACAUAGCUAAUAAGAUGUUAAAUGGUUAACAUUCUAAGAGGUUAGUAAAUUGAGUAAAAUUUACCAGGACUAUACAAAGCCAAUGAUCCAGACAAUUUCCACUGUACAAAUGAACUGACAACAAACUCCACUUUGGUUCACUUUGACUACAGAUGAUUUUCCCCAUUAUUUAAAUUUUAUCCAUAUCAAAUGUUUAACCUGUUGAGUACAAAUCAAUAACAUGUACUUCGAUUAGAAGACACCCAAGCCUCAUCCACAAAUGUUUUUAUAGACUCAUGUGACAGUUCAUGAUUACAAUUAGAGUGCUCACAGAUUAACUGAAAAAUUACAACAUAUUGGAAGCAUUUUAGGUUAAAAAUGAAUUGACUACAAUACAGAAGUUUGUGUACUUUUAUGCAUGCUAUCAACAAGCACUAGUAUUUUAGGAAUGACCAUGUCUUAAGAAAAUUUGACCAGCACUUGCAUUUUCACCUUAUUGUCCCAGUUUGAACAUUGUUGAAUUUUCAGUCUAAUUCAGUGUCAGUUUCCACUUUAAACUGAAAAGUAAUGGCACCCUUGAAAAACCUCCAAAUCAAUUCCCCCCCCCCCAAAAUUCUUGAACUGGCCAAGGAAUAAAGAAAGCUUGAAAAUGCCA